AGGCAGGUUUACGCUCAGGGAUGCUCUCGGGGCUGAAGGACCAUGGAUAAGUUCUAACUUAGAACGCGAAUUUGCAAAAGCUCUCGUCCUUCUGGGUCCCCUGGCCAACGAAGCAGUGCAAUGGAGUGAGCAUCGUGGACAACGGCAGCCGGAGAGCUGCGGGACACCAGCCUAAACCUCCCCGCUUGUCCACAGGCCGCCUUGUUCCGUGGCCUUUGCUCAGGCUCGCUGCCCGUUCCCUAGCCCACUCCUUCUCCUGAAACCCGGGGAACAAGGCUGGGCCCUCCCCUCAUCCUGCCUGACAAGUGAGACAAUGGAAGCUCCCAGAGGGCCCAGGCUUCCCGGGCUUCCUUAGGGGUGGAGGUUUAGUUCUGCAGUUCAGCCUCCCACUUCUCAGCCCACCCCAACGUGGCAGGCACCUCCUUCCAGGAGUCAGAUGGCUUCUUAGGGCUCCGCUGAGCACACAAGACUCUUCAGUGGACUUGACCUUGCUCUUCUCAAAACCUUGACCUUGAUCUUCUCAAUACCACUUCAUUGCCCUCUCCCAUCCCAAGUCCCUACACCUUUGCUAUGAUACUGUACUGUGUGAAUCUAGGACAACGGUCCCAGAUUCAGGGCACAUGUGAAGAGUCCCUUGGUCAGCUAACCUGUGCGAGAAACGCCUCUUGGAAUCACAGUGACAGACCUGUCAACCAGUGAUUCUCAUAGUGGAAACUUAAGGAUCAGAAAAGAAUGGAAGAGUUUCAGAAAAGCAGAUAUGGGACUAUGAAUAAAGGUGAAGUAGAAGAGAUCUGCUUUGCAACAGCGGCCUCAUUGAGGAUCCUCCUGGUGGGCAGAACAGGCAGCGGGAAAAGCGCCACAGGAAACAGCAUCCUCUGCCGGCCAGCCUUUGAGUCCAGGCUGGCCGCCCAGUCGGUGACCAGGGCCUGCCAGGGGGAGAGGGGCACGUGGAAUGGGAGGGACAUCCUGGUGGUCGACACGCCCUCCAUCUUUGAGGCAAAGGCCCACUCGCAGGAGAUGUACAAGGACAUCGCAGACUGCUACCUGCUGUCUGCCCCAGGGCCCCACGUGCUGCUCCUGGUCACCCAGCUGGGGCGCUUCACGGCCCAGGACGCGGUGGCAGUGAGGAGGGUGAAGGAGGUGUUUGGGACCCAGGCCAUGAGGCACACGAUCGUGCUCUUCACCCACCGGGAAGACUUGGGCGACGAGUCCCUGGACCAUUACGUGGUCAACACGGACAACCUCGGCCUGCGCCGGCUGCUGGCGGAGUGCGGCCGGAGGUACUGCGCCUUCGACAACCGCGCGGCGGGCGAGCAGCAGCGCGCGCAGCUGGCCGAGCUCAUGGCGGUGGUGGAGCAGCUGGAGCGCGAGCGCUCCUACCAGGGCGACCACCUCUUCCUCCCCGGGCCGCGGCUGCAGCCAGGCGGGGGCGCCGGCGGCCCGGAAGCCUAUGCGCACUACGUGGCCGAGGUGAGGGCGCAGGUGGACAGGCAGAAGCAGGCGCUGAGGAAGGAGGAGAGGAACUGCAAGGUCAAGGCGAUCCUCAGAGCCGAAAACUGCACGAUUCCUCGCUAUGUAAUAUCUGCCCUUUUGAUUUUAUGCGGUGUGCUUACUCUUGUCAUUUUAAUGACCUUUUAUAUUAAGCGUGGGAACUGAACAUUUUCAAGUGAUUGCCCCCAGAGCCACCAUCAUGGUGUGGCAUUUUCUUGCAUAUGGUAAUUAAUGUUGGAGAACAGACAGCUGCAAAUGGUGGGAACAGGAAAUUAACAGAAUAAUUCUGUUAAAUGGGCCCACUGUGCUGCCCCCGGCCCCCACCACAUGCUUUUCCAAGAAGCAAUUUACCUGAAGCUCUGCCUGGCCUAAGUAGACAGGCUAUGUCACAUUUCUCAGCAAACUACCUGCCAUCUGCGGAGAAAUGCAGGUGAUAAACCUAGCCUAAUUCCCUCUUAAGAUCAGGAGCCUUCUUGUCCCAAUUUAUAAAGGAUUUAUUUCUGUUUUCUGUAAAACAGAAUUUCUGUAAAAUAGGAUUUCUGCAUAGCCUGGCCAUAAUUUGAUGUUGUAAAGCUGCUUGGAAUGCCUGCCUGUGCCUUGAACUCACCCAUUUAGGAGGCACCACUAAAGUGGUGCCUCCAAUCUUGGCCUUCUCUGGCCAGAUAAUGACCCUCUCUGAGGCUCUAAUGACCUUCAUAAAUUCUGAUGGCUGUCGGGCCAGCAAAAUAUGAAGUAGCUUUUGUGUUACGCUUGUCAAAAUUUUGUUAUCUGUAAGUUCUCAAACCCCCUUUGUGUAACUUUCUGUGCUAUAAAGCUGUACUCUUGGAGAGCUGGAGGGUUGUCUCUGGUUCCACAGUUUUUGUGAGAGAGAGCCCGGCUGGUCAAAAUAAUAAGCUUGCUUUCACUUGAUUUUAA